UGGUUUACAGACAAACACCCUCAGUUGAAGAGAACAUCAUAUCUCCUUAAGGAAGUUCCUUGCAAAACUACUGCCAGAAUACCUGCUAAAUAUCCCCUCAGUCUUUUAAAAGAGACUUCCCACCAUUGUUGGGAUAACUGUGGAUUGAGGACAUACCCAGAUUUUUCCAGUAAGUGUGGGCCAUUGUGUAGAAGAGAGAGCAUCAUGGUAGCCUUCAAAGGGGUCUGGACUCAAGCUUUCUGGAAAGCAGUCACUGCGGAAUUCCUGGCUAUGCUCAUCUUUGUUCUCCUCAGCCUGGGCUCCACCAUCAACUGGGGUGGAGUGGAAAACCCCUUACCUGUGGACAUGGUUCUCAUCUCCCUUUGCUUUGGACUCAGCAUUGCGACUAUGGUGCAGUGCUUCGGCCACAUCAGCGGUGGCCACAUCAACCCCGCCGUGACCGUGGCCAUGGUGUGCACCAGGAAGAUCAGCAUCGCCAAGUCUGUCUUUUACAUCGCUGCCCAGUGCCUGGGCGCCAUCAUCGGAGCUGGGAUUCUCUAUCUCGUCACCCCUCCCGGCGUGGUGGGGGGCUUGGGCGUCACCACGGUUCAUGGAAAUCUUACCGCUGGUCAUGGUCUCCUAGUGGAGUUGAUAAUCACAUUUCAGUUGGUGUUUACUAUAUUUGCCAGCUGUGAUUCCAAACGGACUGAUGUCACUGGCUCAAUAGCUUUAGCAAUUGGAUUUUCUGUAGCAAUUGGACAUUUAUUUGCAAUCAACUACACUGGUGCCAGCAUGAACCCCGCCCGAUCCUUUGGACCUGCAGUUAUCAUGGGAAACUGGGAAAACCACUGGAUAUAUUGGGUUGGACCAAUCAUAGGAGCAGUCCUCGCUGGUGGCCUUUAUGAGUAUGUCUUCUGUCCAGACGUUGAACUCAAGCGUCGUUUUAAAGAAGCCUUCAGCAAAGCUGCCCAGCAAACGAAAGGGAGCUACAUGGAGGUGGAGGACAACAGAAGUCAGGUAGAGACUGAUGACUUAAUUCUAAAAGCUGGUGUCAUGCAUGUGAUUGACAUCGACCGGGGCGAAGAGAAGAAGGGGAAGGACCCAUCAGGAGAGGUGUUGUCUUCGGUAUGACUAGAAGACAGCACUGAAAGCAGACAAGAACCCCUAGCAGUGUCUUCAGAUUUCCUUCCACCCAUUAAGGAAACAGAUUUGUUGUAAGUUAGGUAGGUACAGAUUGCUGCUGCUUAUCAUGUUACUCCAUCUAAGCAACAAAUAUUUCAUUAUUUACCAAG